AUGAAAUCAACUCUUGUCCGUCCCGUAUCUUUCAUUCGAAAUCAACAAUUACAACAAGCUGCAAUUAAAUUAGGAAUCGAAGAAUACUGGAUUGGUGCAUCAAAUGUGGAUAAUGAUUGGGAAUGGUUGGAUGGAAGUAUGCUCACUUAUUCCAAUUUUGAUGUUCUUGGAGGAUAUCCAAAGAAGACGGAAUCUCAAAUUGGAGCAGUUUCAAUGGGUUCACUCUCCGGACUCUGGUAUACUAAACACGAUUCCAUGAUGUUACCGUUCGUUUGCGAAUUUCCACUUUCUAAUCAAUACGAUAAUGGCAUGUUGUACCGGGCUCCAAAACUGCAAAGUCUAAUUUUCCCAUCCGCAGGAACGAAGGCGCCAAUGUUGAUGGUUGAUUCUGUUGAUCAAUCGGUUUUAUUUGAAAAGAUCGGACCGAAGAAGAAUGAAAUGGAAACUGGAGAAAAAGUGUAUCUGAAGCCAAUCAAUAUAAGUACAGCUGGAAUGUCAGGAUUCGAAGGACAACCGAUUGUAAUGUUGAAUACGUUCAAGAGAAAAAUCAAAGUGAAACCAGUGAUUGUUUCUCAAACUGAAACAGAGUUGGCUAGAUCUUUGAAGGAAAAAGAAGAAGUGGAAGAUUCUGUGAAUUUGAAGUCAGUUAAGACUGGUGGAGUAGGAAACGGUGGAAACGGAACAUCACUUUCGGAGGAGCUCAAUUCCAACUCAAAAGCGAAAAGAGAACGCGAAGAAAGCGAGUUGCUUCGCUCGAAAACCAUUCAGAUUUCUCGUGGAUGA